AUGGAGUACCACGCUGUUCCAGUAGAGGAGCGCGCUAGAGACGAGCAUGGCAACCUCCUACCCUGGGGAUAUGUCUACAAAGAUGAAUCUCGCAACCCUCGACGACCACCCGAGGAAUCAGGACCCUUCGGCAAGAGGAGGAACGCACGAUUCGAGUCAUCCAGAUCUCGAACACGAACAGGCACACCAGCCAACAAGCGCGAGAACUCCAACGUAAACGAGUUCAGCAACCUAUUCGCCAAACAGGUAGCCCAAGAAAAAGCCCAAGGUCUCCCUAAAUCAUCCUCAUCCUCCAGCCUCGACAACCCCCGCAAGCAAACAGAAAAGGUCGCGACAGAGUGCUUUCUUUACGGAUACAAAGCGAAAGACGGCGAAUGGAAAGUCAUAGACAAAUACGAGCGGAUCUCCCAAGGGAUGAUCUGUGAAGAUUACCCGCGCAGUGAUCCAAAUUCAUCGCAGUAUGCCCAGAUGCUAAGCGGUGGCGAUGUUGUUAUUCGCGCAAACCUAUCUGCUGAUGCGAAUCGGAAGUCUAAGCAUUAUGAUGGUGGUUUCCAUUGGAUUAAGGUUACUUUUGAUUCAACUCAGGCUGCUGAUCGGGCGUGCUUUUAUUCUCCGCAGGAGAUUGAUGGACAUCUUGUCUUCUGUGAACUUUAUCAUGGGCAUGGGCCGGCGGAGGAUGCUCCUAUCUCGAGUGAUUCGUCUUCUGCGCAGACGAUGCAGAAUCGCGCACCUCGCACAUUGACAUCUACACAAUCUUCUUCUUUCCUCUCUAGUAAAGAUCAGGAUAGAAUGACAUUGCCGCGAUCAUUCGCUAUGAAGAAUCUCUCUACUGUUGCGGAUGUCCCAGAGCAAGAGGAGGAGCAAUCAAUUGAAUCCUCCGCAACUGCGACCGGGACACUUACAUCCGGCACUGUCACAGGAACAGCCACAGCGACGGGAGCCUCACUCGGUUUCAACCCUUCCUCAUCCCUUCAACAACGUGGUGCUCCCACGGAGCAAAAGCCUGAAUCCGAAUUCAUGACGCACAUCCCUACAGUUCGACGCACGAAGCUCCGUCCUCUCGCCGAGGCCCUUCCUCCCCAGCCUACGGUUACCGAGCGCGUGCUACGAUCGAUUCCUAUUCUGAGCUGGUUCACCGGAGACAUUGUUGGUGAUGGACCACAGCUGCGCGAAGAUGGAACAUUCGAUUCCGACAAGUCCAACGUUUACUGGAGAUUCUGGUACUUGAUUGAUAGUGUGUUGAGAACGGAUGUCUGCGGCUUAAAGGAGGAGUCUUGA